GUACUAUUAGUAGAAGUACUUGGGGAAUUGAAAAAUCUAGCAAAGUUGUUGCUAAUAGGAUAAAUAAUUUGGCCAGAUCUGUGCUUUUGUAUGUUGAUGAAUUGAUAGAAAUAGAAAAAAUAGAGAGUUCAAA